AUGGCGUUUUUCGAUUUAGCCGAUGAAACAUCCCAAGACAUGCCCACCAUAAUUCAUUUAUCGGUUGGCAAUCCUUCACGGUUUCGAUAUCAUUACACCAUUAUUACGAUGAUGACUGGUGAGAUCAUUUAUAACAACGUUGGAUCAACCAAAUCCGUGGAUUUCACGUCUAUGUGGCGGCCACGCAUCACCACCGCGGCACGACGACCAGUCGACUUUACAGUUUACGCCUUCGCACAGCAACCUUCCGAAAGUCCACACGGUAUAAUAUCCAACAAAUAUCGUCCAACCGCCGUCUCAAUCAUCUCAUAUCAUUCGACACCGUCGGCAUCGCAGUCAUAA